CUUGGAUUAUUGCCGUCGGCUUCAUCGCUCUGCUCUCUCUACUCGCCGCCGGCACCGCUCCGGGGACCGACGCUACCGGAUUAUCUAUAAGACGAUGAUGAGAAGAGUUCGAGCAACUGGUGAUCGUCAUUGAACUUUUACAGUGCGUUUGCUGCAAGCUUGAAAUAAAGGCUCUGUUUAAAUGGAGAUCCCCAAAAAAGAAGAGGAUUCUGAGCCUUCAUUUUCCAAUGUCUACGAACUACCUGGAGAGCCUGCUAUAGUAAUUAAUGGGGUGCCUGAUAUACCUGCUUGUGACACUGCUCUUACUCUUUGUAAUUCUCUGAAUGAUGAAAAAUUACUUGGAAGCACUGGUUUUGGUGAGUGGUUAGAAGGGAGGGUUAUAAACAAAAUGUUUGGUGAUCGGUAUUACUAUGGCGUCAUAACUGAGUUCGACAAAGGCACAGGAUGGUACAGAGUGGAGUAUGAAGAUGGAGAUUUUGAAGAUCUCGAUUGGCGUUCCCUGGAACAGGUGCUUUUGCCCAUGGAUGUUACAGUUCCACUGAAAGCAUUGGCACUGAAGACUCUUAAGAGAAGUAGGAAGGCUCAUAAAUCUAGGAAAAACAAGACUGGGAACAGAGGACGCAAUCCCAAAGAAAUUGAAGGCAGGAGGAAAAAGAGUUUGCCAAAUGAAGUGGUAUUACCAACAGAGCCUGCAGCCUGAAGGAAUGUGGGAUCAAGGAAACCCCAGGUUCUCUGUUUUUCUUCUUUUCCUUUUCAUUGACACAUAAGCAAAUGGCCAAGGAAAAUUAGUUUCUAUCAUUGAUUGGGACUAUGAAGAAAUUCAGUCCUAUUUUGUUUAGUAAAAGGGUGGAAGUGGAGCUAACUGUUUUAGUACUCCUUGUUCAUGGAUGGCUUUGAGCACAGUUAUAAUGGGUAAUCUUGUUCAUAGUUUUAGUU